GAAUGUGUCACUCUUCUCAUAGGAAUUCUGUUUGUCGUUUUGUAUGUGAAUGAAUGGCCUCAGAACAACACGGAGAACAGGACUGUAUUGGGAAUUUGGGCAACCUGCGGUUAUUUAUUCCUAAACUUCAUCACAUAUCUUGCGAACUUCGACGUAACUGAAAGUUACAACACGUGGGAAUGGAUCGCUUUUUUCCUUCUGAUGUUAUUUCAAAUCAUGCUGGUGCAUUGUUAACAAUAUGGAGCGUCGAGCUCCCACUUUCAAUUUCUCAACCAUUAGCGAUUUAUAAUCUGAUCACGUCAUGGAGGCUCAAUUAUCUUCACUAUGUCGAUAAUCCGAUUCGAAGACUAAUCGAUAGAUAUCGUAGAAAAAAUAAAAACAACGAUUUAGAAAGUAAUGUUGUUGCAACUAAAGCAAAACUAAUUGAAGAUAUUAAGCUGAAAAUCUCAGAGCUGGCUACAUUGGAAAACAAAUUAAUUUGUGCUGUGAUCUUGACAAAGGAUGCUGGGUGCCUCAACAACCAGAACCAAUCAACCCAAUCUGAAGAACUUUCUAUAACAACUGCCGAUUCGCAGAUUAAUGCUCUUUCAAUUAGAUCAGAUCAAAAUUACUGGAACAGUGACAUUCGUGGAUCAGUACUUGGAUAUCUGAAUGAACAAGCGGCUCUCGAUGUGUUGACACGCAACCCAGUUACUACACAGCCUCUUCCACCAUCGUCCACCGUCAUCGCUCCAGCCCGUUCUUCAACUCAACAUGUGCCAACAACGGAUACCCCACUGCGUGAUCUUCCAUCCAGUCAACAAUAA